UUCUGUGCCAAAAACCUGAACGAGAUUUUUGGAGUGAAGAUGAUUUGUCCAUGAAAAAUAAGCCACUAAAUGGCAUUACGUCUAUCACCCGUCACUUCGCAUUCAACCACAUGUGAAGUAUCUUUCCACAAGUCAAGGUCAGCACCCUUGUAUCUCUUGGAGAUUUCUAACACCUCUCCUUCCUCUUUUGUUAAAUUUCCAACCCAACCCCAUUUUUUGUCUCCCCAAUUCUUCCCUUUCUAUCUCACCUUCUCAUUCUGUUUUAUAUGUAUAUAUAAACCCUUUUUCACUUUAAACAAACUAUUCACUCAAUGUUCCAUGGAUGCCUUCUUCCUUUCACCAUCUUCCUUCUCCAUCUUAUUCCUUUUAACUAUUUUCCAACUGUCUUACGCCCUAGAUGAUUUCCACUUUACUUCAUGCGCUCCAUUUGAUUGUGGAAACCUUUCUAAUAUUUCAUAUCCUUUCUGGACCGAUCAAUAUAAUCGACCUUCAUAUUGCGGUUACGGUAAUGAAGGGUAUAAGCUGAAGUGCAGGCAGAAUCAACCCCCUGUUAUGACGCUCAGUUCCCAAGAAUUCUAUGUGCUGCAUCUUAAUCGGUCUCAUGGUUUGUUGACAAUCAAACGAUUGGAAUUAAACAACACUUGUCCUCAGCCGAUUUUGAUAAACAAUGCUUUUAAUUAUACUGAAACUGCUGAAAACAUUACUCUGUUCUACGACUGCCGAAGCAGGGGAGGUCCGAAUCAUCGUUUCAGUUGCAGAAAGGGUGGAAAAGAAACUUCCCUCAUGUUCUUUAAGGAGGAUGAAAAUGAAUGUAUUGGAUACAGUGAAGAAGUUGAAAUUCCUAUUGGGAAAAAGGCCUUUGAUUAUCUGAUUGGGGGAAUCAGCACCGUGAAUGAAAGUUUACUCGAACCCUUUGAUAUUAAAUACUUCGCAUACGAUGAUUAUUGCAAAAAAUGCAAGGAUUCUGGCGGAAGAUGUGGAUACAAACAAAAUGAAACCUCUACAUUUGCCUGCUAUUGCCGUGAUCAUCCUCAUACAACUAAAUGUUACCAAGACCGGAGUGGUUUUAACUUGGCAACAAAGCUUGCAAUCGGUUUUGGAGCGGCUGCGGGAGGCAUAAUAAUUUCGGCCAUCGCUUUCUAUUUCUGGUUGCGCCAUCGCCGUGGAAAGGAGUUCUUUAAAUCAUCUUAUCCAUGGAGCAAAAGCUUUUCCGAUCGUUCUUUCAUGAUGGAUCCUGAGAAGGUCAAAAGCUUGGCUGGUGUCCAUCUCUUCACCUAUAAAGAACUUGGAGAAGCUACCAACAACUUUGAUUCCAAUAAGGAACUUGGUGAUGGAGGCUUUGGAGCCGUAUAUUAUGGCAAACUUCGAGAUGGACGUGCUGUUGCGAUUAAACGUUUAUAUGAAAACAACUACAAGAGAGUUGAGCAAUUCAUGAAUGAAGUUUGGAUCCUAACCAAAUUGCAUCACAGAAAUCUCGUAUCGCUUUACGGAUGCACCUCUCGUCACAGUAGGGAACUGUUGCUGGUAUAUGAAUAUGUUUCUAAUGGCACUGUUGCUGAUCACCUUCAUGGACAACGUGCUAAACCGGGUGCACUCUCUUGGUCCAUUCGCUUAGAUAUAGCCAUAGAGACUGCAGACGCGCUGAGCUAUCUCCAUGCUUCUCAAACCAUCCACCGUGAUGUGAAAACCAACAAUAUCCUCCUCGACAACAAUUUCACUGUUAAAGUUGCUGAUUUCGGACUGUCUCGUCUUUUUCCAACUGAUGUUACCCAUGUUUCCACUGCUCCACAAGGGACUCCCGGUUAUGUCGAUCCCGAAUAUCACCAAUGCUACCAGCUUACCGAGAAGAGUGAUGUGUUUAGCUUUGGGGUUGUACUCGUUGAGCUAAUAUCAUCAAAACCAGCCGUUGACAUCACGAGGCACAGACACGAGAUCAAUUUGUCGAACAUGGCUAUCAAUAAGAUUCAAAACCGAGCAUUACAUGAGCUAGUGGAUCCAUCUCUCGGGUUCGAAUCGGACUACAAGGUUAGGAAAAUGAUAACGGGUGUAGCAGAGGUGGCAUUCCAGUGCCUGCAAAACGAGAAAGAGAUGAGACCAACAAUGGCACAAGUGUUGGAGGCCCUAAAGGGUAUACAAAAUGAGGAUUACAAUAAAGCAAAGGCAGAAGAGAUGGAUAUUUCAGCAGAUGAUGUUGGGUUGUUGAAGAGUAGACCAUUGCCACAUUCUCCAGAUUCUGUGAUGAUAAAAUGGCAUAGCUCCUCUACAAUACAGUCAAAUAGUACGAGUUAACUUAAAUUUCACUAAAUUUCGAGGCAUAUAGUAAAGGAAACACUGUCAACCCGUACUAUAAUUUUUCUUUCCAUUUGUGCUUCACCUUGAGUGGUAAAUGGGAUGUAAAUAUUACAUAGGAUAAGCGGUGUAUGAAAAACGUCAGCUUUGGCAUUCAAAUUUUCAGCUGAUUCCAGCUUUUUGAUUAACAAGUUGCAUAAAUUAAAUAAACAAA